AUGGAUAGAACCCGUUCACAGACGCACAGAAUAGCCGGUAGAGUGGAUUGUUGGCUGGUGGUGUCGGCAGAGCAGAGCGCCACACCACCAAGAUGCGAUGACCUCGCAGUGUCCGCGCGCUUCUUCGAACAGUGUCCAAACAAAUUGCCAAACUCUACAAGGAGCAGGAUACCACUCACCGUGUCCUUAAGUAGAUUCUGCAAUGCUGACCAUCCGUUAAAAUCCUCUUCAAAGAUGGAUAGAACCCGUUCACAGACGCACAGAAUAGCCGGUAGAGUGGAUUGUUGGCUGGUGGUGUCGGCAGAGCAGAGCGCCACACCACCAAGAUGCGAUGACCUCGCAGUGUCCGCGCGCUUCUUCGAACAGUGUCCAAACAAAUUGCCAAACUCUACAAGGAGCAGGAUACCACUCACCGUGUCCUUAAGUAGAUUCUGCAAUGUCUAUCUAUAG